AUGAAGACACAAUGGGGUGUGUCCCGUAAGUUUGGAUUCAUCGGUUACAAGACCGAAGCAGCAGCAGAAGCAGCCAUGAAAUACUUUGACAACACCUACAUCAACACAUCCAGAAUUCACGUGGAGAAGGCUAUCGCUUAUGGAUCAGAAAACUUGCCUAGAGCUUGGAGUAAAUAUUCAGAAGGUUCCUCUGCCCACGACCGCAUGACUGGAGCAUCGAAAAAGAAGGCAGAGUUCGCAGUAGAGGAGACCGACGCAUAUCAUGACAAGCAGCGCAAAGAAAGAGAAGAGUUUAUCAACAAAUUGAAUGCUGAAAAGAGCGAUCCCAAGCUGAAAGAAUAUUUGGAUGUCAUGUCAUCUCGAUCCAAGAGCAAGACUUGGGCCAACGACGAUUCUGCCGCUGCUCAAGAAGAAAAAGCCAAGGAGGAUAUUUCAACAAAGGUCGAUUAUCAAGGCUCAGAUGAUGAACUCUACGAUGAUCUUCCACCCAAAAAUGAUACCAAGAAGACCGAUAAAGAGGAUGUAGAUAUGGAGGAGAAGGAAGAAGAAGAGGACAGUAUGGAAGUGGAUGCCAAGAAAAAGAAAUCCAAAAAGACUACAACUACUACUAAAGCUUCUGAACCACCAGCAGCAGCAACUGAGACAGAGGAGGCUCCUGUGCACACCAAGAGCGACAACCCCAAGGAAUUGAUUGAGGACACUGGCCGCUUGUUUGUUCGUAACUUAUCAUACGCAUGCACAGAGCAAGAUUUGAGAGAUCUUUUCGAGAAAUACGGUACCUUGUCUGAAGUGCAUAUGCCCAUUGCUAGAGACACCAAGAAAUCCAAGGGCUAUGCCUACAUUCUCUACUUGUUGCCUGAACAUGCGCUCAAAGCCUACGAAGCAUUGGACAUGAAGACUUUCCAAGGCCGCCUACUACACAUUAUCCCUGCUGAAGAGAAGCCUCCCGCCAAGGAAGAGGAUAUUUUGGGUGUGAAUGGUACUAAAUUGAGUGCUGUCAAGAAGGAUAAAGAGAAGAAGCGUAGAAAUCUUGCCGGCAAUGAUUUCAAUUGGAACUCGCUGUACAUGAGUGCUGAUGCUAUUGCAGAAUCCAUUGCUGAUCGUCUCGGUGUCGACAAAUCUGAAGUAUUAAACGCUGAUGCUGAUAACAUGGCUGUGAGAUUGGCUUUAGCAGAAACACAAAUCGUCAAUGAAACCAAAGAAUUUUUUGAAAAGCAUGGCAUCGUGCUCGACAAUUUUGGAAAGAAGGAGAGGAGCGAAACUAUCAUCUUGGUCAAGAACAUUCCUUAUGGCACCAGCGAAGAUGACAUGCGUGAAUUGUUUGGUAAAUAUGGUGAAUUGGGUCGUGUACUUGUUCCUCCUGCAAAGACAAUUGCCGUGGUCGAGUUUCUUGAACCUAGCGAAGCCCGUAAUGCCUUCAAGUCUUUGGCUUACCGUCGCUACAAGGAUUCCUUGAUCUAUCUUGAAAAGGCUCCUAGUAACUUGUUCAAGGACAAGUUUGUACGUAACCCCAAUGCAGCUGCCAAGAAACAGGAAGCUGUUGAAGCUAAACCUUCUAGUGCUGCUGAUCUAUUGCAAGCCUCUGAUGAUACUGUCAACAGCGACGACAUCACCACCCUGUUUGUCAAAAACCUCAACUUUUCUACUACAGCGGAAGCACUUCGUAACUCAUUCAAGGGUAUCGCUGGCUACAGAUCGUCUCGUAUUAAUGUGAAGCCAGAUGCCAAGAAUCCAGGAAAGACCCUCAGUAUGGGUUUUGGCUUCAUUGAAUUUGACAACAAAGCCAAUGCUGAAAAGGCAUUGAAGGCUAUGCAAGGCUUCAACCUGGACGGACAUACACUAGAGUUAAAGCUCUCUCAUCGUAAGGCAGAUACAAGCUCAAAGAAGAGCAGCAAGACACCUGAAACCACCAAACUGGUCGUUCGUAACGUGCCAUUUGAAGCUACUGAUAAAGAUUUGCGCGAAUUAUUUGGUGCUUAUGGCCAACUCAAAUCACUUCGUAUGCCCAAAAAGUUCAAUGGUGGCCAUCGUGGUUUUGCCUUCUUGGACUUUCUCACUAAGCAAGAAGCUAAAAAUGUAUAUGACAAUAUGGGUAAUAUUCACUUGUACGGUCGUCAUCUUGUCCUUGAAUGGGCUCAAGAAGAAGAUAAUGUGGAUUCGCUCAGAGAAAAGACUGGAAAGCAUUAUUCAAAGGAAGAACAGAUUGGUGGUCGUGUGAAUAAGAGACAAAAGGUGGAUUUAGAUGGUGACGAUGAUAUGUUGGAGUAG